CCUGGAGCUCUGUGCAGUGACUCAGCGGCCAAGUUCACUUCCCUAGAAGGCCCAGCUGCACAUGGCAAGGAUGCACAUUUUGUCAUCAGCGGAGUAGCCCCAAGUGUCCAGAGGGGUGGAGGACCAGGAGGAAGAGGGAGCACGUGGGCUCUGCAGCAGCGGGACCAUGAGCAACAGCACCUGUGUCUCCAAACAGCUCACCUGGCCCCCCUUGGUCAAGACCGUCCUCUCUACCUACACGGGGCUGCUGCUGGGUCUGGGGCUGCUGCUCAAUGGCCUGGCGCUCUGGGUGUUCUGCAGCCGUAUGCGGCGGUGGACUGAGACCCGCAUCUACAUGGUCAACCUGGCAGUGGCCGACUUCUGCCUGCUCUGCGCCAUACCCUUCUUCCUACACUCCCUGAAGGAGAGGACCACAGACACGCCCUUCUGCCAGCUCUCCCAGGGUGCCUACCUGGCCAACAGGUACAUGAGCAUCAGCCUGAUCACAGCCAUCGCCGUGGACCGCUAUGUGGCCGUGCGGCACCCGCUACGUGCCCGGGCACUCCGCUCCCCUCGUCAGGCUGCGGCUGUGUGCGCGGCGCUCUGGGCACUGGUGGCCGGCUUGCUGGGGCUGCGCUGGGCCCUGGGCAUGCAGGAGGGCGGCUUCUGCUUCUCGAAUGCGUCCCGGCAAAGCUCCAACACCAUGUUCUUCUCCCUGCUGGGCUUCUUCCUGCCGCUGGCCGUGCUGGUCUUCUGCUCCCUGCGCGUGGUCACUGCCCUGGGCCAGAGGCCGACAGCCACCCCGGACCAGGCAGAGGCGACCCGGAGGGCCACCCGCAUAGUCUGGACGAACCUGGCUGUGUUCGUGGUCUGCUUCCUACCCAUUCACGUGGUGCUGAUGGUGGUCGUGGCCACGAGCUUGAACACCUCUGCCAUCUGCUAUGCGCUCGUCAUCACAGGCAAGCUCUCGGAUGCCAACUGUUGUCUGGACGCCAUCUGCUACUACUUCAUGGCCAAGGAUUUCCAGGAGGCGUCUUCACUGGCCUCGAUGCCCAUUGCCAAGGCCCACAGGAAUGAGAACUCCCUCUCUGUGACCCUUGCCUAGAACAAGUCGUGGACACAUGGGCCAGGUCCCAGGCUCUCCGGGAGGCCCUGCCUUCUGGGGCAUCCCUGAACUCACUGUGGCCGUUGGGCAUGCUCCAGGAGCCUGGCAGGGUGGAAAGGGUGCGGGCACGGACCCUGAGGCAGAGUUGUCCCAACCCCUGGGAUGGAAGAGGGUCAGGACCAGAGCAGGAGGCCUGAAGGCUGAGUGAGGCCAAUCUUGGACAGGGCCAACCCUGGAGCGCUCAGAGUCUGGUACCCCUGGGGUACUGGAGUGCAUGCUUGCUCUGUGCUGUGAGGCCUCAGUGGGCAGCCUUCUGCUGUCCCCCAGGGCUGGGCCUGGACUGUCAAGGCUGUGUGAGUGCAGUGCACGUGUCCCCCACGCUCUCAUGGUGGGAGGCUGGGGUGUCUUUCUAGGUGGAUCUCAAGGACUCUCCAUCCAGGGGCUCUCCUUGGG